AGACGGGCGCGGGCGGGUGUGCGGCCCGACGUGGCGGAAGACCCGAUCCAUUGCGCGCCGGCUGCGCACACAUUGAUGCCGCCCGUGCUCGACGCCUUGCCAAAGUCGCGUUAUGUUUUUCAAAGUGACAGUACUUUCCUAGAAACUAUCAUGUAACACUAAUUGCAUCUGGAGAUAUAAGUGAUCUCAUUAUUGUUUUGUUUCUGAUGCGAAUGGGUGAUGAUAUUGUCUCGUGCUUCGAAGAGCCUAUUGUAGUGAUUCCAACGCAAACAUCCGAAAUAUGUUACAUUUUCGCGGUAGACGAGGCAGAUAGUGGAUAGGGGUAUGGCGAGCGAUGGGGCGUCGAGCGGCGGCAUGGAGCCAGCGAGCUUGGAGUACAUGGAGGACCCUUACUUUGUGCCGCCGGACGACGAGUCAACGCCGAGCUUCGACGUGGCCGUGGACGAGUUGGACGAAGUCGAGGAGAUAGCCAACUGGCCACACGAUGACCCCGAGGCAGAUUGGCGCGCGUUGCCCGAUCUUGUGGACUCCGGAUUGUGCAUAGAGACAGAGUUUUACAUGGACAAUCGGCGCCGACGACUAAGAAUAUUUCGAAAAAAAAUGCGAGAAGUCCGAGUAACGUUCCAAGAUUUAUCUAAGCCGUAUCUUGCCAAAGUUUCCAGUCACACAAACUACAAGAAGUUUUUAGGUAUCACUCUCGGAGCUGAAGAAGCGAUGGCAGCGACGGGCGCCGCCGGCGACGCGCAGACGCCCGACGAGCUGGUGGGGCUGACGCCCGAGCAGGCUGAGCAGCUGCGCGCCGAGUGGAGCCGCGAGCUCGCGCGCGUCGAGGACGAGAUCGCCACGCUGCGCACCGUACUGCAGAGCAAGAUUCGUCAAAGUUCCGAACUCAAACGAAAACUUGGCAUUACAGUGUGGAAAGAAAUUACUGAAGAUGUUAAUCAGGGUUUGAAAAAUGUUAAGGAAAGCCAAGUCUAUCAGUCGAUAGAAACACGCGUGGCCACACUUACACAGGCUGUGACAGAAUCACCAAUAUACCAAAAAACUGAAUCUGUGAUAAAAUCGACGGCGGAGAAGACGACCUCGAUACUGGGCGGCAUCACGGCCGGCGUGUCGCACAAGCUCGGCCAGAUGCGCAACUCCGACUCCUUCCGCUCCAUCGAGGAGCGCGUCGGCUCCGCUUAUGAAAACGUUAAGGGUAAAGUAGCCUCGCGGUCCAACUCGACACAGAGCUUCGACGAGGCGCUGCGCGACGCCAGCCGCGCGGCCAGCGGCGCCACCUCGCCCACCAUCCCCGAGAACAAGCCGCUGCCCUAGGCCGCGCCCACGCAGGGACGGGACGUUACACGAGCAACGAGCAACUGAAAUAACGCAAAACUUUCAUUCGAUUUGAAUUUUUAACAGACUUCAAAAAAUAAGUUUCACUUAUUGGAGUAUGUUUUUUGAACAUAAAUUUUUUUUUUCUAUCAUACCGUGUCUAAAAGUUCGGUUCAGUAAUUUAAACAAAAAUGUAUAGUCUUAUGUGCUGACGACUGUAAGCUCCAGCUAUAGCAAUGUGUGCUUGCGUUAUUUGAGGCAUGAUCAAAGAGAAUAGACAAAUAUUCACUAUUUAAACCGUAAUUUGUAUAUUGUAUGUAUGUAUAUAGUUAAUAAUAAAUGUAUCUGAGCUUUUGCGAUAUUUCAGCUACACGUUGUAUACUUACAGUUUCAUUUAUCCGACCACUGUAUUUGUCGAAAUAACCCCUUCUAGAACUGUAUCGCGACUGUGUAUCGAUGUUAGGUAUUAACUUAUGUUGUUUGGGGUUACGCGACAGCUCUUGUCUUUAGACAAUAAAUAUCAAAACUCAUCUAAAAUCACUUUAAUUAUCAAGAAAUUAACUUAUUAUUAUUUUUAGACUUUUGAGUGCAUUCCCAAAAGACAAAAUUGUAUAUUUCUGUUAUUAGGGGAAGAAAGGGUAGAAAUACUUGUGUCGUCUGUUAAAAUGAUAUGAUUGGCGGUCAAGGAAAGGUACAAUAUGCAAACUUCAUUCGUUGUUAUAUAAAUUAAUAUAAUUGUGUUGAAGAUGAAAGCCUCCUUUACUUCAAUUUAAAUCUACUGUGGCGUGGUUGCACUAUAAAAGUUUUCAAUUUUGCAACGCUUCAUGUUUUUACUUUUUCACAAAUGUUCGUCUGAAUAAGCAUUCCAAAAUUAUUUUUCACACUAGCUAGACGGUUUGUAUUAUGAAGUGGCACUUAAGUCUGACUAAAAAUUGACAUUCUUUUUCACUGCGUUGUUCAAAACGGAAUACUCCUGAUAAAUCAAUCAACAGGACCGCUAUCCUGUAUAAGUUAAAGGGGAAAAAUAAAUGCUGUUAAACAAUUCCUUGAAUGUGUAUAAAUUGGGCUCUCUGUCACAGUCAUGGUGAAUAGAGCAGAAGUAACAUUGCAGACAAAGGUCCAUCACUUUUAUAUUAAUAUUACACAUGUUGUAACCUUGUUGUGUAGCAAAAUGUGUGUGUAUAAGACACUAUAACUUGCCGAUGCCUGUUAGGUCCAUGGAAAAAUGAUAUUUUUAUAAGAUGCUUAGCUUUCCUUUACUUGAUAAAUGUUUUCACUAUUUACAUUAAUUACCUUUGAAGAUGGUAAAUAAAUUUAUGUAUUAAAA